AUGCUUGCUGAUCGUCUACAUAAACAGUUAAUAGCAAGUAGCCAAAGACAGCCAACUGUGAAAGAUAGCUAUGGCGUCCAUUUUGAGUAUCACGAUCUAUGUGCUCGACUUCUUGCAUUACAAAAUACUUUAGAAUCGCCAAAUCAAACACAUUAACAUUAGAUUUAUAUCGUUUAGCGCCCACUACAGAGCAGCUGUUUCCAGAGCUGCCACCAUAUUUAUACACGUUUUGGGCCCAUGGACCUCUGGAUCAAUCCACUUCGUUGCGCCAGGGUACGAGCAAAUACAGCAUUCCAGCUUCGAAGGGCUGCGUUGCCUCGCUCCUUUAACUCAGCUCCAGCGCGUAUUCCUCCUAAGGGUGAACCUCCUCGAGUGUUCUGAGAGGUAAAACUUCGAGCUUCUUGUAGUACUUGGAGCAGUGCCUCGGGUUUAUCCUCCAGAGUUAAACUGCUGCUAUACAGAAGUUUUCAGAAGAAAACCCAACCCCAUAAAUAAAAUUCCAUGAGGGAGAGAAAAUUAGCGGAGCUAAUUUCUCUCAUUUUAUUUAUGGAAUCGCCAAAUCAAAAAGAAAACCAAAAAAGCAAAACAAAUAAAAUCCCAAAUUUGAUUGGGUUAGAGUUCAUUACAGCUGUACCGACUGAAAUUAAGAGUGAUAGGGUUAGAUAUAUUCAUGAUGGAAACCUAUUCAAUGCUAACUUCCUUAAGCCUAAGAAACAAAAACUAAUUCUGAGAAACUCAAGUGGAUCAAUUAGAAAUUUAUCACAAAUUCAUAUAAGCGGUUCUUCAACAGAGCGAAGGACUAUUUUUGACAGAGUAAAAUCGGUAUACGGAAAGCAAAAAAGCGUGGGUGUACAUAAAAAACCAGAAAAUCUAAAAAUUGCACCUCUAAAUUUGAACCGGGUGCCAUCAUUACCCAGCAAUGCAUCUUCAGGCCGAAAAACAUCAUUGAUGAAGAAAACAAAAAGCAAAGCUUUAUUUAUUAGAAAAAUUUAA